CUAUCGGCAAUAGCACAUCCCUAAAACUGACGGCGAAGGAACCACGAAACGUAGAGCAAGAAAAACGUUAAUAAUUUCCGAUCGAUUACCAAUAAGAAAUUGCGGGCGUAGAUCACGUUCCAGCUUGCCACUCCGGCCACGCCCACCGCCCGACGGGGUCACAUAGUUAGCAAAACACCCGAGGCCGGAGAGCUGUGUGAAAAAAUCCGCGGAGAAAAGUGACGAAAAAAAAAAUACAGGGGGAGCAGCGAAUAAAAAAAGAGAGAUAAGAAAAGCGAAACGAAACGAUAGGCGAACGAAUAGCACACACUUGUAGAAAAUACGUGUGGAUCAUAGGAGUGCGUCGGGAUCGCGGGUGGAGAAAAUCUGGGAUGGAUUAGCGGAGCCAGUGGCCGAAACGGAAACAUUUUGCACGGGAACCGAUUGUGUUAGCAAGGAUUGCAGGAUCAGGGUUCCCUAGCCGGCCGCAGGAUUCAAGUCGGCCACCAUGUCCUCCGCCUCGGUGAACAUCCAAAUUGUCUCCAUGCCGAACCUGGCCAAGAUCGAGAGCUUCCUAAAGGAUGUUAGCUAUCGGGAGACGAUCGAGUACAGUGCCAACUUCAAUACACGCCUGUGCAUCGAGCGACGCCUGCGGUUGCCGUUCCUCGAUCCCCAAACGGGAGUGGCCCAGAACCACUCGCAGCUGUUCCUCGACAAGCGCCAGCGAAUGCCCGGCUUCCGUCAGGGCCAGAUAUACACGUAUCCGGCGGCACGAUGGCGCAAAAGUCGUCGCCAAUACUUGAACAAGAUGUACAGUCGCUUUCCGGAGCGUCCAUUCCAGGCGCUGCGCAAGGAGCACGAGGCUUUGGUGGCCGGCGGCGGCUUGAAUCUGGGCAACCUUAGCCAUCUCACGGGCGGAGGCGGCGGCAUCGGCCUGAGCGGCUCCAUACCCGGCCUGAACAGCGGCCUGGGGAGCUCCUCCUCGCUGACACUCAACAUGCUGACUGGCGGCGGAGCUGCAGCGCCCACCGUUCUCGGUUCCCUGCACAGCGAUACUGCUCACGAUUUUAACGGCGCCUUCAGCCUGGAGGAAUCCAGCUCGCUGGGCGCUGCCGGUGGCGACACCUCCGACAGCAAGGACAGCCAGCAGCAACAGCACCUGGCCGCAGCUGCGGCCGCCAAGGAGGAGCAACUGCCCAAGGAGUGGUUCUACGACGACAUGGACAUGAACGAUGUGGACUCGCUGGAGGAGCCCAAGUCGCCGGCGGACGAUGAGUAUGACUACGAUCCGCGGUAUGGCAACAAGAAGAGACGCAAGCGACGGCCGGGCAAGCGUGGCGGCGACUCCGGUGGCGGUGGCGGUGGAGGAGGCGGUGGCGGAGGUGGUGGUAGUGGCGGUGCCGGCUCAAGCUCGCGGCGACGCAGUGCAGCCACACGGACACGGAUCACGACCACAGAUGCCGCGCUGGACGCCUCGCUGGAGGCCAUCGAAUCGGGUGAGAGUGUUCCCGGCAGCAAUGGCACUUCCGGCGGCAUCUUAAGCGGCAGUCUGGGAUCGGCAGGCGUUGGUGGAGCCGGCUCGAUAGGUGGCCCCGGCGGCGCCGGCCUGGGAGGACUUGGAGGCGGUGCAUCUGGUGCGGCGGCCAACAAUCGCAGAUCCCGCGGUGCUGGCACUCGCGGCCGGCGACGAGCCAAAGGCGGUGCUGCCGGCGGCGAUCCGCCCAGUCCCGGUAUGGUCAUCGAGCCGCCAUCCUUCGAGAGUGCCGCUGCGGCGGUGGGCGUGGUCGAGGACGCGAACGCCCACCUGCGCAACUACCGGAAGUAUCUGUAACGCUUCUGUAACUUUCAAAGGGAGAUCGACACCAACCUUUAGGAACGAACCAACACAUCUCCUCCUCAUCCUCCUCCUUCUCCCCCAGUUCUGUUUAUUUUUUUUUUUAGCAUUGUUUUUCGAACUAUUCGCUCACUUAAUUUAAAAACUAAAAAAAAAAAAAAACAACAAAAAAAAACACAUAGUUCUAAGGUUUUUAGUUGAUUAGACCCCCCGCUAAAAAAAAAAUCAUAAAAGAAAAAAAAAAAGAUGAAAAAGUGGACCAGGACCAGGAACAGAAACAGGACUAGGAGACAGGAUCACGAUCAUGAGUUCACAAGCAGGCCGUAGCCAAUACAAUUCCAAUGUUUCGCCUCUCUUAACUUUACGUUCCCAUAGCCAAUUGAUUGUUGUUUUUUAAACUCUAUCCUAGUUGGUUCGGGCGGACUUUUUCAAAAUGAAUUUUAUUUUAAACUCGAACGGCAGUGUCUAGUUCCUAAAACUAAUCUUAUUUUUUUUGUCCUUUCUAACUUAAGUUUGUCCUAACUUCUUAAGUUUUUGAAAAACUUUUCGAUUCGUUUUGUUAAAGUUCGCCUGCUGAUACCAAUUAUAUAAUUCAUUAUAUAUAUAUAUAAAAUAAUAUAUAUAAAUAAUUAGCAACACUACUUAAAGUUAGUCCAACCCACGGGCAAGCUCGCUAUCUAAAUGCAAUCUCUUUUCGGUUUCUGUUAUUGUUUCCUCUUCUUUAAUUUUUUUUUCUCUAAAUUAAUCUAAUUUUUUUUAUUGCCCUUCUUUUUUUUCCGC